CUCACGUGCAAUUAGCUGUAGUUUUGUUUCUUUUACACCUUUAAAAGCUCGACUUUCUCCCCCAUAGAGGCCGAAAAGCGAGUUUGGUUUGUGAGUCUUGUGUUCAUGGGAUUUCCUUGUUGUGGGUUGGGUUAUAAAAUACAGUUCUCAGCGUUCUCAGCUCCCCACCAUCUACUUUUGGGUUAUAGAAAGUGAGAGAAAAAGAGCAAUUAGAGAGAGAGAGAGAGAGAGAGAGAGAGAGAGAGAGAGAGAGAGAGAGAGAGAGAGAGAAAGAGAGAGAUGGCAUUAGAAGCUGUGGUUUUCCCACAAGAUAUCUUUAGUUAUAGUAGCAAGGAUUUGUAUUCCUUGGCAGCAGCUUUGAGCUAUGACUUCAAAAUAGAAGAAGAUGAAGAAGAAGAGAAGGUCGAUGUACUAGAAUGUGAGGUGAGUGCCCCACUUGAUACAAACCAACAGCAACUAGGUUUAGGGUUAGAUGGUCUCCAUGUCAAUUGGGAUUCUUCUUCGGCCUUGCUACAUAAUAUCAAUGAAUGGGGUGCCAAUUCCUCGCCUGAGGAGGCUUGCACCGCAGACGGCUUCUUCACGGGGUCUUUGCCGACAGCUGAAGCUGCCACGGUGGUGGCUUCUGGACGGAGGAAGAGACGACGCACCAAGAGCUGCAAGAACAAGGAGGAAGUUGAGAAUCAAAGGAUGACCCACAUUGCCGUCGAACGAAAUCGACGGAAGCAGAUGAAUGAGUAUUUAGCUGUCUUGAGAUCUUUGAUGCCCUCUUCUUACAUUCAAAGGGGUGACCAAGCCUCCAUCAUUGGCGGUGCUAUAAAUUUUGUUAAGGAGCUUGAACAACUCCUCCAAUCUCUGGAAGCUCAGAAGCGAAUAACACAAAGAUCGGAUGCCAAUUUCACCUCUCCUUUUGCCGAUUUCUUCACCUUCCCUCAGUACUCUUCUUGCUCGAACAAUUGCAACUCUACCAAUGAGACAGUAGCCGAGAACCGCUCCGCCAUUGCCGAUAUUGAAGUGACUAUGGUUGAAAGCCAUGCCAAUCUCAAAGUACUCUCGAAGAGGCGGCCCAAACAGCUGUUGAAAAUUGUAGCCGGAUUACAAAACCUCCAUCUCACAAUCCUCCACCUAAAUGUGACCACCAUUGAUCAGAUGGUCCUAUACUCUCUGAGUGUUAAGGUUGAAGAUAAUUGCGGGCUUAAUUCGGUCGACGAAAUUGCUACAGCCGUUUAUCAAAUGCUAGGUAGGAUUCAAGAAGAGGCUGGUUUGAAUUGAACAAUGUAAUUCACCCAAGUUCUAUCCCAAAUCGUUGCGGUUUCUAUGAUUCUAUUUCUCUUCUAUGUGAGAAACUUUUGUGUAUUAAAAUGGCUUAAUGCAACGGUUAUUUGACUCUA